AUGGCGACCAAGGAGCACUGUAUCUUCGCAUUCGAGGCUUUGGCAGCUCAUCUUGAGCAGCGGAAGCCACUGUCUUUACCUGACACCAUCCAGCUCUACAAUACUUCGACGUCCUCGCUGCCUACAGAGAUCACCGACUCGCCACUCUUCGUAACAUGGAAUACGGUUUCUUCGAGAACAGGGGAUACAAACCUCCGAGGUUGCAUCGGCACGUUUGAAGCGCAAGACCUGGAGGACGGUAUUUCUUCAUAUGCCAUCACGGCUGCCAUUCAUGACACGCGUUUCAAUCCCAUUUCGAAGCGAGAACUGCCUUCUCUCGAAGUGGCAAUCACGUUGCUCACCGACUUUGAGGAUUGCGAUGAUGCUAUGGACUGGGAGAUUGGCACACACGGCAUUCGUCUCAGCUUUACCGACCGAGGUAAACGAUAUGGCUCGACAUAUCUGCCAGACGUUGCGCCUGAGCAAGGCUGGACCAAAGAAGAGACCAUUUUGAGCCUCAUUCGAAAAGGUGGUUGGAUGGGUAAGAAAGACAAGUGGCAUGACCUAGACCUCAAGGUCGUCCGAUAUCAAGGCAAGAAGGACGAUGCGCGGUAUUCCGAGUUCAAGCAAUUUAGAGACUGGGUCGAUGCUCAGAUUAAUACAGCAUAG